AUGAGCAUACCAACAUUCAACGAUGUUUUCCAACAAAUCAGGACCAACCUGUCAUUCAUGGGCAUCCAGGCUGACAGACCAAGUAUUGGCCUGACGUUUUACAUCUUUUACGCAAUGCUUUUCACAAUGGUCUCAUCAGAAAUUGUUUUUUUCUCCGUUAACAUGGCACCGGAGAAUUUUCUCGAACUGACUGGCCUUGCUCCGUGCAUAUGUGUCGGCAUCUUGUCACUUUUGAAAAUAGCUGCUUUAGCAUGGAAGAAAGAAACCGUUUUCACUCUAUCCGAUGAACUAGAGAAACUUAGUACAGAAAAUUUGAGGGACCCUAUUAAGAGGGAUAUUGUGAGUUCCGAUAUAAUUCUUUUAAAAACUCUCAUCAAAUACUACUUCGUUUUAAACGCCGUACUGAUUUGCGUGUAUAAUUUUUCAACGCCGUUUUAUAUUCUGUAUCAUUACCUUACAACGAAGGAAGAAAUUUUCAUCCUGCCGUAUGCUGUCAUUGUGCCUUUCUCAACUGAGAUGUGGCUGACGUGGACAUUUGUAUAUAUAUUUUCAGUUUUAUGUGGUUUCAUUUGUGUGUUAUUUUUUACCGCCGUGGAUGCAUUAUAUUUCACUUUAACGUCUUACGUGUGCACCAUCUUUGCCGUACUAAGCAAUGAAAUAAUAACUCUGGACCAACCUUCAGACGACAUCUUAAGCCAGAUAAUAAAGAAACACCAAAACGUUUUGGCAUUAGCUGAAGAUUUGGAGGAAAUAUUUACGUUACCUAAUUUUUUCAACGUAUUGGUGGGGUCGGUAGAAAUCUGCGCUCUUGGGUUCAAUUUAAUGAUAGGUGAUUGGAACAAUGUCCCCGGCUGCAUGCUGUUCAUUGUAUCUGUCCUAUUUCAGCUAUUUAUGAUGAGCGUUUUCGGGGAAAAAAUUAUUGGAGCGAGUAUCAAAGUUGGCGAGUCUGCGUUUCUAUGCGACUGGUAUAAGAUGAAUAAAAAGACACAAAAAGUUCUUCUGACGCUAAUGAUCAGAACUCGUAAACCUACACGGCUGACUGCGUUUAAAUAUUCUGUCAUUUGUUACGAAGGAUUUACUAAAAUAAUCAGUAACUCCUGGUCAUAUUUCACAAUUCUGAGGACAGUCUACUCACCAGAAGACCAAUAG